CAUACUCAAAAAUCAAAAUGAAACAAAAUAAAAAUUAAAAAAAAAGUCUUCUUUUUACGCUCUACUCAAAUGCCAACAACAGCCCAGAUCUCUGGGCAACCUUACUUCUGAUUGGCUGCAUAAUUUCUAUGAUUUUUUCUUUUCUAUUUUCUUCUUGAACUUAUUAAAUUCAUCAGAUUUGCUGUAAUAAUUGAUUCUCUCUCUCACUUCAUUCAUAAUGCUCCCCUUUUUUCCUGGCUCCAACAUCUUCCACCUCUAUGCUAGUCCGCUUACCUCUACAGUUUAUAAAACAACCCUUUUCUAGAAAGGGUACAGAAAGUCAGAAAGUACAACAAAAUCCCCUGAAAAAUAUUGUGUCUGUAAAACUUUUGCUGUUGUUUUGAGUUUCUGUGUUCAAUCAUUUCUGUCUCUGAAAUCCCAUUUUUUUGGUAGCACUAGCUUCCUUCAUCCAAUCUUCUUUUCCCCUAGUUGGGUUGAUUAACCUGCAGUUGCUAGAAUUUGAUAAAUGGCAAAAUUGUAUUCCUUUUAUGGUGUUCAAGCUUCUUGUUAGAAUUCGCUCAGAGAUAUGCUUUUAUGAGAUUAAUAAAGUUAUUUUCUUUCGUCAAGGUGGUGUAAGUUCCUCAAAAUUCUUCAUUCCUCUGUUGAAUUCAAGGUGGGAUUUUCUUGAUUAAGCCAGUAAAUAGAAGGAAAUCAGUGGAAGGAAACAAAAGAUCCACCCUUUGUGAAGUCCUAGGUUGAUGGAUUUUCAGAGGACUAAUAAUCAGCAGCAGCUACAUAUGGCUGGUGGUGGAUUGACCCGGUACAGGUCUGCCCCAAGUUCAUAUUUUUCCAGCUUUCUUGAUGCUGCUGAUGAAGCUAUUAGAAAUCAUAGUGGUGGUGGGAGUGGUUUUGGUUAUGGCGGAGAUGAUCUUGAUCAUUUUCUCAAUAGAUUCAUGCCCGGAAAUUCCAGUGGACUGGACUCAAUCUUCAAUGAUAGUUUCUCAAAUAACGCAAAUAUGCAAUCUCAAUCACAAGUUGUAGCAUCAGUGAAGCGAGAAGAAGAAACUCUGCAGCCACAGCAACUUCAGCAGCAGAGGAAUCAGAGCAUUCAUUCUCAGUUGCCCCCUCCAGUGCCAUUUCGAAACCAAGCUCAAGGGCAAUCCCGAUUAUCACAGCAGAUUAUUGGUAAUGCAGAGGCUUCUAGUGCUUCUGCUGUAGAUAAUUCACACAGCCUAUUGAAUUCAGUGAGGUCAAACCAAAUGGGGGCACCGUUGAAGAUGGCGAGUGGAGGUGGUAAUUCGAAUCUGCAACGUUACAAUAGUUCACCAGCUGGAUGGUUUGCUAAUAUUAAUGUCGAAAAUGAAUUUGGUGCAAUGAGAGGCUUGGGGAAUUUUGGAGCUGGUAAUAUGGCUAAUGCAGAAGCAUCAGUUUCUUCUGCUAGCAGGAUUCAUGGUCGUAUGGAAUUCCCAUCGUCUCAAACUACUCCAUCAGGUCUGAUGCCGCCUAUCUCGGAAUUUGGUAACACAAGCACAGGACAAACUAAACCUGGAGACACAAGUUUUCCAGGAAAUCAGAAGAAUGACUCUGAUUACACGACAGGAUUUCCUGUUCCUUCUUGGGAUGAUUCAGCUCUUUUGUCUGACAGCUUCUUGAAAGAGCUCGGAGAUGAUCCUGAUGAUAACAAAGCACUGUCAAAUGUAAAGAAUAAUGAAGCUCCAAGUAGACCUCCCACUCGAUUGUCCCAUCACUUAAGUUUGCCGAAGACAUCAGAUGAAUUCUCAGCUAUGGAGGCACUGAUGCAAGAUUCUGUACUCUGCAAACUUCGAGCAAAGAGGGGUUGUGCAACUCAUCCCCGAAGCAUUGCAGAAAGGGUAAUGCUCCUAAAAAUUUGAACCAUUGUGCAUGUUGUAUGUGCAAUUAUGUCUUUGCUUUGGAGUUAAAAUUAGCUUGUGUUAAAAAUUUGUAAAUCUGAUGGAAGAUCAGACUAUAUGCAAACAACAUAGCUCAUAAACUAGGUUCACAGUCGAUCAGCUCUUAGGUUCUGUCACUUGAACUAUGGCCGACUGUUGAUCAAUGCAGGUUAGAAGAACAAAAAUAAGUGACCGGAUGAAAAAGCUCCAAGAAAUCGUUCCCAACAUGGACAAGGUAAAGUUGCUUUGAUUAGAAUCUCGCUGAAGUUUGCAUCGCUGAUGCUUGUUGGAUAACUUAAAAUUUGGGAAAGGGGGAAAGCAUAUCCUUAAAGUUUCUGUUGUCGUUGUUUCCAGCAAACAAACACGUCUGAUAUGUUAGAUUUGGCGGUCGACUACAUCAAAGAUCUUCAAAAGCAACUCCAGGUAACCCCCUUCAGGUCCUAAUAAAUCAGUAAUCAUCAAUGUCAUAAACUCAUUAUAUAUACUCUUUACUGAUAUAAUGACUCUAAUUUUGCCUACCCUUUUGGGGGUUGGAACUUUUACUUUUUGUAGACGCUUUCAGAUAAAAGAUCCAAGUGUACGUGCUACAAUGCUUGAGUCCAUAAAGCAUGUGGAUCAGAAGACUCAUAUAGCUCAAGGUAGGAAAAUGCUUCUUCUUUUCUGCCACUUUAAAGGGGAAUUUGACAAGUAUUUUGUGAUGGAGGUGAGAAAAGCAAAAAGUUUAAAAAUUCUCUUUGGAUUUAAGUAGAAGACAAGAUAUUCUUUUUACUUAUUGUGUUGGCAACAUAUAUACCAAAGAGCUUUGGGUGCCUUCAUUUCAAAGCCAACUGUACAGUUACUUUCUUUUUUCUUUUUUUUUUUUCUUGUAUACUUAUCCAAUAGCAUUUUCUUACUGUUAAACUGAACCUUUAAUUAUCACACAAAAGAGUUAGCAUUUCUUAAAAGAAUUAUGUUGAGUUUGAGAGGAGACACUGUCCCAAGUUACGAGCAAUCGCUUAGACCUAAUGACUCGUAUCCCUUUUUUAAUUCUUCAUCUCAUUUCCGGCGUGCAAAUAGUUUUUGCUAGGUCCAAAGUAAUGAGCCCUGCUCUUUGUUUUCGGGAAUUUAUAUUUUUACACAUAUGAUUCAUAUAGUCGACCUUACCUAGUGGGAAAAUGUUUGUUGUUGUUAUUGUAUAUGUUGGAAUUAUUAGUUUCUAAAAUAGAUGAUGCAAGGCACCAACUAACAGCAAAAUUUCUUGGGUGUAUCGUUAAUUGUGAAAGUUGGAA